CGUGCUUCUGGUCUUGUGAUAUGACAUCACUCCGUCCAAGACCCUCAGUCAGACAAGUCGUUUUCCAUCAGCUAGCUACCAAACGCUACCACAUUCCUCGAUCACAGCUGUUUGAAGACUGAUCCUUGCCGAAGGUGUGCUUACCAUGGCCUCUGCCAUCUCCACACCGGUUACCUCCUCAAGCCGGUCAGGGCGCUCCACGAGACGCACCUCCGCACCUGGGGUGUCUCCAUCCGGCACGAGCCCCACACGCAUCACUCGCAUACAGGAGAAGGAGGACCUGCGGCACCUUAACGACCGUCUUGCUGCUUAUAUAGAGCGCGUGCGGCAGCUAGAGAAUGAAAAGUCCUCCAUGCAGUUUUUAUUAGAGGAGAAAUCAGAGUCCAGUAGUAGGGAAGUUGGGAAUAUUCGACGUCUCUACGAGAACGAGCUUGCAGACGCCAGGAAGACUCUUGACAACACUGCUAAUGAACGGGCCCGACUACAGAUAGAGUUAAGCCAACUCGCUGAAGACCAUAGGAAAUUGCAAGCCAGGAAUACCAAAAAAGAGGCGGAGCUGAGUAGGGCCGCUGGACACUGGAAGAACCUUGAGGCUGCGCUGAACUCCAAAGAGGCCGAGUACGCCAACUUGCUGGCAGAAAAUCGGAGUCUUGAAAGUGCAGUCACAGAUCUCAAAAACCAAGUGUCCAACUUGGAGACUGCCCUACAGAAUGCCCAGGCCCAGCUCAAUGAGGAAAUGCUACAGAGAGUGGAUGCACAAAAUAAAGUGCAGACUCUCAAGGAACAGAUAGACUUCCAGAAGCACAUAAGUGAGCAGGAGGUGAGGGAGAUGCGCACCCGGCAUGAGAGUCGUCUGGUGGAGGUGGACACCGGGCGACAACAGGAGUUUGAGAACAAGAUGGCCGAGGCCAUGCAGGAGCUGCGCAAGGAGCACGAGACCCAGAUCCAGCAGUACAGAGAGGAGCUGGAGCGCACCUUUAUCGCCAAGCUGGAGAACGCCCAGCAGGCAGCUACAAAGAACAGUGACGUUGCCUCGUCAGUACGGGAAGAACUAGCAACAACCCGGACCAGACUGGAGUCUCAAUCUACUGAGCUGAGCCAUCUUCAGAGACAGAACAUGUCCUUGGAGGCGCGGGUCAGAGAGCUGGAGCAGACGCUGGACCGCGAGCGGGAUUUGGCCCACCAGAGGAUGAACCGCAAGGAGCAGGAGAUGGCGGGCAUGAGGGAACAGAUGCAGGCCCAGUUGGAGGAGUACCAGAACCUGCUGGACGUCAAGCUGUCGUUGGACCUGGAGAUCAACACCUACAGGAAGAUGCUGGAGGGAGAGGAGCAGAGGCUGAAGCUGUCACCAAGUCCCGCUGGACAUGGACCGGUGCCUCGCAGGCACGCCCACGGGGUCCGUCGUCUCAAAGGCGCCAAGAGGAAAAGAGAGAGCGGCCACUCCCCCUCCUACAAGAUCACCCAGCAGUCAUCAGCGCGAGGCAGUGUGUCCAUCGACGAUAUCGACAAGGAAGGGCAGUACAUCAGGCUGAAAAACAACUCUGACAUGGAUCAGCCUGUGGGUGGGUGGACCGUGUUGAAAAGUCACACUGUUGCUCCUGACAUCUCCUUCCAGAUCCCCUCCCCCUACAUUCUGAAAGGUGGACACAGCCUAACUGUCUGGGCUGAAGAAGCUGUUGAUCAGGCUCCAUCUGGUGAUUUGGUUCUGAUGGGCCACAGGAGCUGGGGUCCAGUUGACGAUGUGAGAGUCCUGCUGCUGACCACUCAGAAUGAGGAGACAGCAGAGCGCAGGCUGGUGUGCGUGCGGCAGCGGCCAGACGGAGCCGACUCGGACGAGGAGUUCGACGAGGAGCCCAUCUCUGGCAGUGACCUUCACCUCAGGAGACAGGGACUGGCAUCGGGCAGUGAAGCCAGCUGUGCAGUCAUGUGACUUUUUUUUUUUUAUUUUUACUGGAAAACAGUCUUGUGAAGGUGCCACCAGGGAAGGUGAAGGUUGAAUACGGAUAUGGUCUCUGGAAUUUGACACCAAGAAUAUAUGCAGUCUGUAUGGUUGGUUGGUGGUUAUGUUUUUAGGGUCUGUCAUUAGGUACUUACUGUAGAAUUUAUACUAAUAAAAAUAUAGUAAAAUAGAAAAACUCAAACAGAAUGGGUACUUGUGCUCUUUUUUGUACUUUGAGGCUAAAAACGUUUCUUUCCAUGUUAUGGUACAGUCAUCCUCUAAGCUGGAAGAGAUGUCUACUACUAAACUUAAAAUGCCUUCUAAUAUUAGGUACAGAGGAAAUGGGACUGUGUGCCUUAGUGGAAAAUGGCAGAAAGCACUUCCCCCGUGUACUGGUGUAGUAGAUGUGCAGUUGUCUGGGAUUUGAAUGUGUCUUGACCAUGGGCCCGCCAGUCCUUUGUAGCUGUGCCAAGCAAGUGCUUUUUGCAAGCUUAGCGCUUUUUAAGUUUAUUUGGGAUUACUUGUUUGCACGUAAGGCUGAACGGUGGCCACACACUGGCUGUGGUUUCAACCAAAGUAAUGGAUUGCUGCUGCUAACUGGGAACAUUUCUGAAAGUAGAGGGACCGCUUUCACUGUAGGGAUCUACUGUAUGCUUUUGUUUUGGAGAAACCCUCCCUGGUAAAAAUGAAUAAGUUAAUUAUUAUAAUAUAUGAAGCAAAUGCUUGUUAAAAAUAAAAACAUAUUUAAAAGGACAUAAUGCAUACAGUAAAUAUAUGUUGAUUCAGUCUCAAGUGCUUUAUUUUAUUUAAAGUGUUGCUCAAUUAGAUCUUUUCUUUGCUUUCCAAUAUUUUGAGGAACACAAAAGUUUCAGUGUGUUGUCCAGGUUGUUUUGAAACUGGGGGAUAAUCUGGAAAAAUGACAAAAGUAG